UCCUUCCUCUUCCUCUCUCUCUCUCUGAUUUUACUUGCAGAGAUCAAAACCAGAAAACCUUUCACCCUUUUCUUCUCACUUUCUCUUCUCCUUUCUUCUUUCGAUCUACCUCUCUCUCUCUCUCUCUUUCAUUUUGAUUCUGUAAUAUGUUCUUCCACUGAUCGCCUUCAAUUUUCACUUUGCUUGAUCCCCCUUCCUACUCUUCAGAUCUGAGAGAGGUUAGACACUUUGUGAUCGGAGAAGAUGCUGACGAAGUUUGAGACGAAGAGUAAUAGAGUGAAGGGGUUGAGUUUUCAUAGUAAGAGGCCAUGGAUCUUGGCGAGUCUUCACAGUGGUGUGAUCCAGCUAUGGGAUUACCGAAUGGGCACUCUUAUUGAUAGAUUUGACGAACAUGAUGGGCCUGUUCGUGGUGUUCAUUUUCAUAAAUCUCAGCCGUUGUUUGUUUCCGGAGGGGAUGAUUACAAAAUUAAAGUUUGGAACUAUAAAACACACCGAUGCUUGUUUACUCUUCUUGGGCAUCUUGAUUAUAUCCGCACCGUGCAAUUUCACCACGAGUAUCCAUGGAUUGUGAGUGCCAGUGAUGACCAAACUAUUCGAAUAUGGAACUGGCAGUCCCGUACUUGCAUUUCUGUGUUGACCGGCCACAAUCACUAUGUUAUGUGUGCUUCAUUCCACCCUAAGGAUGACCUUGUCGUGUCUGCCUCCCUAGAUCAGACUGUUCGUGUUUGGGACAUUGGUGCCUUGAGAAAGAAGACGGUGUCCCCUGCAGAUGACAUUUUGCGGUUGAGUCAAAUGAAUACAGAUCUUUUUGGUGGCGUUGAUUCUGUGGUUAAAUAUGUAUUGGAAGGUCAUGACCGUGGGGUCAACUGGGCUUCUUUCCAUCCAACUCUCCCCUUGAUUGUCUCAGGAGCUGAUGAUCGGCAAGUAAAGUUGUGGCGAAUGAAUGACACAAAAGCUUGGGAAGUGGACACAUUGAGGGGUCACAUGAAUAAUGUUUCAAGUGUUAUGUUCCAUGCUAAACAGGAUUUGAUCAUAUCCAAUUCAGAGGACAAGAGCAUCCGUGUGUGGGAUGUUACAAAACGAACUGGUGUCCAGACAUUUCGUCGUGAGCACGACCGAUUCUGGAUUCUUGCUGCUCAUCCUGAGAUGAAUCUCUUGGCUGCUGGUCACGACAGUGGCAUGAUUGUCUUUAAGUUGGAGAGAGAACGGCCAGCUUUUGUUAUUAGUGGAGAUUCUCUCUUGUAUACCAAGGAUCGGUUUUUGCGGUUUUAUGAGUUUUCAACCCAAAGGGAUACUCAAGUAAUUCCAAUUCGACGUCCUGGAUCCAUUAGCUUGAAUCAGAGCCCAAGGACAAUAUCGUAUAGUCCUACAGAAAAUGCGGUUCUUAUUUGCUCAGAUCUGGAAGGUGGGUCAUAUGAAUUAUAUACCAUACCCAAGGAAAGCAUUGGUAGAGGUGAUAGUGUACAAGAUGCAAAGAGAGGCAUUGGAGGAUCAGCUGUCUUUGUCGCUCGUAAUAGGUUUGCGGUGUUAGAUAAGAGUAACAUGCAAGUCUUGAUCAAGAAUAUCAAGAAUGAAGUUGUUAAAAAGAGUGUCCUCCCUAUUGCCGCAGACGCAAUAUUCUAUGCAGGAACAGGUAACUUGUUAUGCAGAUCUGAGGACAGAGUGGUUUUAUUUGACCUCCAGCAAAGAGUUGUUCUUGGUGACUUACAAACCCCGUUUAUAAAGUAUGUUAUCUGGUCCAAUGAUAUGGAGAGUGUUGCUUUGCUUAGCAAACAUGUCAUUAUCAUUGCUAGCAAGAAGCUUGUGCAUCAGUGCACACUUCAUGAGACAAUCCGAGUUAAAAGUGGUGCAUGGGAUGAUAAUGGUGUUUUCAUUUAUACGACGUUAAAUCACAUCAAAUAUUGUCUGCCUAAUGGAGAUAGUGGGAUAAUCAGAACUCUUGAUGUCCCAAUAUACAUCACGAAGGUUUCUGGCAAUACUAUCUUCUGCUUGGAUCGGGAUGGGAAAAACAGAACCAUAGUUAUUGAUGCAACAGAGUAUAUGUUCAAGCUGUCCCUUCUGAAGAAGAAAUUUGACCAUGUAAUGAGCAUGAUUAAAAACUCUCAGCUUUGCGGCCAAGCAAUGAUCAGUUAUUUGCAACAAAAGGGUUUCCCUGAAGUUGCUCUUCAUUUUGUGAAAGAUGAAAGUACUCGGUUUAAUUUGGCUCUUGAGAGUGGGAGCAUUCAAAUUGCAGUUGCAUCAGCAACUGCUCUGGAUGAGAAAGACCACUGGUACAGAUUGGGUGUUGAGGCGCUUCGUCAAGGCAAUGCUGGAAUUGUGGAAUAUGCCUAUCAGAGGACAAAAAAUUUUGAGAGGUUGUCUUUUCUUUAUCUCAUAACUGGUAACAUCGACAAGUUGUCUAAGAUGCUUAAAAUUGCUGAAGUUAAAAAUGACGUGAUGGGCCAAUUUCAUAACGCCUUGUAUCUGGGUGAUGUUCGGGAGCGUGUUAAGAUACUAGAGAAUGUUGGUCACUUGCCCCUUGCUUACAUCACAGCUUCAGUUCACGGACUGCACAAUGUUGCUGAACGGCUUGCAGCUGAAUUAGGAGACGAUGUUCCAGCUUUGCCAGAGGGGAAAGUACCAUCUCUCCUGAUGCCCCCUUCUCCUGUUAUGUGUGGUGGUGAUUGGCCUCUUCUGAGAGUCAUGAAAGGUAUAUUUGAAGGUGGGUUAGAUAUUGUUGGCAGGGGUGUUGUGGAUGAAGAAGAGGAGGCUGCUGACGGUGAUUGGGGUGAGGAGCUGGACAUGGUUGAAGUUGAUGGUUUACCGAAUGGGGAUGUUAGAGCAAUUUUAGAAGAUGGUGAAGUGGGUGAAGAAAAUGAAGAAGAUGGCGGCUGGGACCUUGAAGAUUUGGAGCUUCCUCCUGAAGCCGAAACACCUAAAGCUUCUGUCAGUACACGUUCAUUUUUUGUGGCUCCAACUCCUGGCAUGCCUGUUAGCCAGAUUUGGAUCCAGAGGUCGUCUCUUGCUGCUGAGCAUGCUGCUGCCGGCAAUUUUGAUACUGCUAUGCGGUUGCUGAACAGACAACUUGGAAUAAAGAAUUUUGCUCCCUUGAAAUCAAUGUUUCUCGAUCUUCAUAGUGGCAGCCACUCCCAUCUUCGUGCAUUUUCAUCUGCUCCAGUGAUAACUCUGGCAGUCGAACGAGGAUGGAACGAGUCUGCAAGCCCAAAUGUUAGAGGACCCCCUGCACUCAUAUUCAGUUUCUCUCAGUUGGAAGAGAAGCUGAAAGCUGGUUACAAGGCCACAACCUCUGGGAAAUUCACUGAAGCUCUGAAACUCUUUCUUAGCAUUAUUCAUACAAUACCAUUGAUAGUUGUGGAAUCAAAGAGAGAAGUUGACGAGGUGAAGGAGUUGAUUAUUAUAGUGAAAGAGUAUAUAUUAGGUUUGCAGAUGGAGCUCAAGAGGAGAGAAGUUAAGGACAAUCCAAUCCGCCAACAGGAACUUGCGGCCUAUUUUACUCACUGCAACUUGCAGCUACCUCAUUUGAGACUUGCCUUGCAGAAUGCAAUGACUGUUUGCUUUAAGGCUAAGAACCUUGCUACAGCUGGUAACUUUGCCAGGCGUCUGCUCGAAACCAAUCCUGUCGUCGAGAACCAAGCAAAGGCAGCCAGGCAAGUGCUGCAGGCUGCUGAGAGAAAUAUGACAGAUGCUGCCAAACUCAACUAUGAUUUUAGAAAUCCCUUUGUGAUCUGUGGGGCUACACAUGUGCCAAUUUAUCGAGGACAGAAAGAUGUCUCGUGUCCAUACUGCAGUACUCGGUUCGUGCCCAGCCAGGAAGGGCAGCUUUGUACUGUUUGUGAUCUCGCUGCUGUUGGGGCAGAUGCAUCUGGACUACUCUGCUCUCCUUCCCAGAUUCGAUGAUUCGCUGGACCGUGAGUAUUUUACAGCCAUUAUUUGAACUCGUCCUUGCAACCGGAAGCAUUUCAUUCGUCAACUGAUAUAUUGCAGUGACUAGAAAGUUAUGAAGAUUAAAGCGUAAAAGAGUCGACUUUAAAUGCAAGGUCUGGUCUACUAUCUCCUUUGCCCUGAUUCUGUUUCUUUUCAACCUCUGUUUAGUUAUAUACGAUAUUCAGAAAUUCAUGAAUUUUGACUUUCGCUAUUCUUUGUUAAGUUGUUCAUAGACCUUUAUCAAUUAGAUUAUAUUUUGUAUGCAGGCGUUUACGAUACAAUUAUUAGAAAUUGUUUCGUAAAUCUGAUUAUGUCCUUGCUGAAAUUGGGCUUUGAUCUGAGGGAAAAUGUAACAUUUCUAUAUUUGUUAUAUCUAUCUUUGCUCCACUUUUGUAUUGUAUGAAGCUUCUUUUUUUAAAUCAGUUCCAUUUUGCAGAGAAA